AUGGAGAAGCACUCUAAGUCUAAUAAAGACCCUUCAAUGACAAGAGGCAAGGAGAAGCUUGUCACUCGUAGUGAUCAUGAAAUAGAUGCUUCUGAGAGGGAGAGGCGUAAGAAAAUCAAACAAUUGUUUGGUAGCCUUCAAGCUAUGCUCCCCCAUGUUCCCAAGCAGGCAGACAAAGUGACAGUAGUGGAUGAAACAUUGAACUACAUAAGAACUUUGGAGGAAACAUUGAAAGAUCUGCAAAAGAAGAAGCUGGAACGACUUCAAUCUUCGUCUGUCGUCCCUAAUAAUAGUGUCGUAGCUGAACAAGUAGCUUCAAUUCCUUCAAGUCCUCGUCGUAAAGGGUUUCAAACUUGGACUUCUCCGAAUGUGGUAGUCAACAUUUGUGGACAAGAAGCUCAAUUCAGUGUAUGCUCUUCCAAGAAUUACUGCCUCUUCAGCACCAUCUGCUGUGUUCUCGAGAAGUAUAAGAUUGAGGUUGUGUCUGCCCAUAUUUCAUGUGACGAUGGUCGCAGGUUCUAUAUGUUUCAAGCACAGGUGAACAGAGAUUCGGUUAAGCUUCCUGGGGCAUUAUCAGCAGAGGAAACAUUCAAGCAAGCUGCUGAAGAAAUUAUUCGGAGUCUCUCUUGA